CACGCACUAUACCAUACUAUACCUAACCUUCCGUAAACACUUACCAUUCUCAAAUGUGAAAUGACGUUUGUAGUUGUGUCUACAAAUGUGUGAACAGUGAUUACAUACUGUAGUAUACAAUGCAUAUUCAAGAUGGUGCGAACAACAAAGUGAUUCCAUAAGGUGAUGUAAACAAUAAAAGUUGUCUACGAAAAUUGUUUGUGAGCAGAACUAAGAAAACACGCAAUAAAUAAUCAAAACCAAAAAUAUGGCCAAGUCUGUAUUGAGUUCAGAUACUCUUCCUAAGGCAGGGAGAGUAAACGAAGUUUGCCGGGAGUGGCUGGUACACGAAGAUGGAGCAUUGGCUUACAGACUACAGGACGAGGAGAUCAAAGAACACUACACAGGAAACAAAGUUCGCAAUGCACAAGUACGCGAAGAUUUACCUAAGGCUAAAGUUGAACAAGAACUUGAAGCCCUUAGAUAUCAAUGCAUUAUCCAACAGCAGGAAGAGAAAGAUGCACUUGUUGCAAAGCAAAUUGCUUUAAAUUUAGAACGUGAGGAACGGAAGAAAGAAAGAAUGUUGCAAGAGCAAAUGAGACGGCAGCUCAGACUCGAUGAUGAAACUGCGCAACUAGAAGCUGAAUUAGAGAUGCAAAAGCGGAUACAAGAAGAAAAAGAUCAGGAAUUAGCAAGAAAGUUACAACUAGAAGAAGAAGAAGCUACGGCAGAGGGGGAAGGUUCUACAAUAGAUGAACAGCUGCUUAUUGACCAGAAGAUAGCGAUGGAAGCUCAGGAUGCAGAAUUAGCACGAAUGCUACAGGAUAAAGAACGUGCAAAAGCGCGAAGAGCAAGAGAACGUGCGAAGCAAAAAAAGCUGGAAAAACAGCAGCUUCAACUCCUUGAGGAACAGAACGCUAUUGAAAAGCCACAGAGACCUGACAAAUUGGAUCUGAAAAUACAACACAAGGUUAAAGAAAAAGCUGGUGCUAAUUAUUCGCAGUAUCCUGAUCCAGACGAAAUUCAAGUACUUGAGAGUCCAUUGAAUGAAAUAAGGGAAAUGCCUAAUGUUGCUGCGAUGAUUGAUCCAACAUACAAUGGUAAUACACACAGAAGCUCUUCAAGCAGUUCAAGCAACACUACAAGCCCCGCUUACGUUUUACCUACACCCCCUCUCGAACUGAUGGACGAGGAUGCACCUUGUUAUAUGCCUAUUCAAGGGCAAAGGCGUAAUCAGAUUCAGUCCCCUUCACUUGUUCAUGAAGAAAAACAGAAGCGUCGUGUGAAGGAUGGAUGCAAGCAUCAAUAAUAGUACAUAUUGAGAACCGUUUUUCUUUUCGAUCUGAUAAAGUGGAUAAAAAAAUUGAAAAAAAGAAAUAAAUUAAUCAGAAUCGAGGUAUUAUUUAAAGUAUUGAUCAUUGCUGUAGUGAGUAGGAUUUUGUAUUCAUUUUUUUGGAAUCAAUUUACAAUGAUAUGUAAUAAUAAGCAUUAGGUACACGUAAAAGUAAUGAAAGCAACAAUGUAGGCAACUGUUAAUUUUCCUCAUUGAAACACUCAAAACAUGAAAUUGAGGAUGAAAUAUUUAACGUCAAAUUCACACAAAUUUUUCAUAAAAAUCAGAAGUUUCAGAUGGACGUUACACUACUAGUACCUUGUAAUUGAUACGAAUAGAAAAAUAUCGGAGUCGAUAAGACUGUGGCCUUGUAGUAUUUUCUCGUGGUGUAUCCGAGAAUCUCUCCAUUUUGUAGAAUUAUGUAUUUAAACAAAUACCGAUGUAUUACAUAUGUACAUAAAUAUGCGAAUG